AUGUACAGCUGCUACUCUGCGGUCACCCAUGCCAUCCGAACAUUCAUCGAUCAAUUCCCCGUCCCUCGUCUUGGUGCAGCUGCAGAGUCGGGCCGCAGCAACCAAGAAGUCGAGGGACUUACCACCUCGGCCUUGAGCUGCUGCUACUUCUGCAACCGCUUUUUCCACUCAUUAUCAGAUCACUCUCUCUACCGGGCGAUCGCGACCAGACCGAACUACAGCCAUAGCCAAGAACUCGGCAGAGGGGUGUCCCAUAAGCCUUCUAUCCCCCCAAAUCCUCCUCCCCCGUUUCUUCGUCGCUCCACGACAAGCUUGCCCCUUCUCGCCCUUUCUUCCCCCUGGGCCAACCGAGCGAGCCCCCGGGGCGAGCGAAAUCGGUCGGAUCCGACGAAACUACGUUUCGAAUUUGGUGACGGGGUUUGGGGCACCCGGGGGCUUGGGCUUGGGCUUGGGCCUGGGCCUGGGGUAGCAGCAGGCGGAUUGAUCGACGGCUGGGAUGAAGUGGGCGGGGGCUGGACGUCACGUCGGAUCGGGGGCAUCGACGGGGGCAUCGACGGGGCUGGGGCAGGGCGUCCGAGGUGGCAGUCGGAGGAUUGCGCCACAGGUUGCUGGCCAAUUCCCUUCGGGAGCAGCGCGCGCGACAGUGCUGGAGCUUCCGUGGCACACAUUCUCCUGCGCUUGCACUCGCUCUUCCGCUUCUUGCGUGGGCCCCCGCGCUCCUGGACCAUGCAUCUCGUCGCCCUCCGUGCGCCUCCGCCCCAUUGGCCACCUCCGCCUUUCGACGGCUCAGAUCGCCGAGCCGGUCCAUCUAGCCCCGACUUUAAUUUUUACAACCCCGGCAACGGACGCGGGUCGGGGCUUGGGGUAAGAAGCCCCCAUUCGCUCGUCGACGCCCUUUAUCGCAUUGGCACCCUCGGUCGCAGUGUGCUUACUGCGUGGAGUCCUUGCUCGUUAGAAUGA